AUGAGGUCAUACAGUCUGUGCAUCAUAACAAGCCUGGCUCUCACAGUGUACUGUGCUCCAGCAUCUCCAGUCACAGCGCAGGAUGAAAGUCUUGCAGAAGUAAGUUUGUUUUACCUAGUCAUGUGUUUGUUCUUAUUAUUGCAUUUAAGUUGUGCUUGAUCCAGAAGGUAAAUCCAGUAUGUCUACUAUUUAAUGCAUCUUCAUUGUCUUCUUUUGCAGAGUUACCUGAAGAAUUUCUUCAACCUCACUAACGAGUCACGUCGCGGUAUUGGACGAGGGGUCAGUCCAGUCACAAAGAAGCUGAGUGAAAUGCAGAGGUUCUUUGGCCUCCGAAUCACCGGCUCCCUGGAUGAGGACACAAUAACGAUGAUGAAAAAGCCCCGCUGUGGCGUUCCUGAUGGAAAAAUCGCUCGCUUCUCCACCUUUGGAGGUGACCCCAAGUGGCAGAAGAACAGCCUCACCUACAGGUACAUUAACACAAAACUAAUGUUCUUUUUAUUUGAUUUACCACCCUAGCCAGAACAUAUUCAUUAAAAUGUUUCAUUUUUAUGCUGAUGAUAAAGUUGUAUAUACUUUCCUAUUGAUUGCAUUCAACAACCUACUGGCUGCUUUUGAUGCCAACCAAUCUUUGUAAACUAGUUAAUCUUCAACUCUAACAGCAAAGUGAAAAAUAGUUUCUGACUAUUGACUGUUUCCCAAAAUAUGAAAACCUGAAUUUUCAUCUGCUACAUAUUAAAACCUGACAAAACACUGGAAGUGAAAUUGAGUCAACAUGAACGCUAUUUUCCUUUUGUGGUCAGAAAAAAAAACUGAGCUGCUGUUUAGUUUAUAACUGAUGGUAAUGUUUUUUAUUUGCAUGUUACUUUAUAUACUUUAAAAAUAUCGGACACAAUGUACCAUGAUGCAAUAGCAUUUGUGUCAAGUGUAGCUUGUUGUGUACUUCACUGUGUCGCCUUUGACAGAGUAGGUCUUUUUUCCUCUUAAAACAAAAGAACAGAGCAUCAAACUUUUUAUUAGCUUUUCUUAUUUAUGUUUGUUUUUUUUUCUUUUCUUUUACUGAGCACUAAAGCUGUCAGUGACUGUAACCUUUGGUCUUCUGGGCAAACUUUGGUAUUCCUCUGACAGUCUUCGGUUGUUCCCUCGCCCUCUUCUGAGCUACAGAGUCAUCUAAGAUCUAGGGUCAUCUAAUCAGUGUUUGAGGCUGAAUGCUGAAGAUCUGUUGACUGAUGAAAUGAUUACUUGUUGUUGUCUGCUGUCCUGGCCAGAACUUUUGUAUCUUAAUGGGAAUACUCCUAGCAGAAUGUUAUCUGGUAAUCUUAUCUUUUUAUCCCACAGGAUAGUGAACUACACACCUGACAUGUCUAGAGCAGAAAUUGAUAACUCCAUAGACAAAGCGCUGCAGGUUUGGGCCAAGGUCACCCCCCUGAGAUUCUCGAGACUCUACAGCGGCACAGCUGACAUCAUGAUCUCUUUUGGCAGCAGAUGUGAGUCUAAAAUAACUUCAGUCAUAAAAGAUUAACUCAAUUUGUUUUUAGGAAACAGUAAACCUUCUGUAAUCUAAGGAUACUCUAUUAUGAGUUGCAGUCCUACAAUUUUAGGGAUACUCUGGUGAAAGUAGAGAACAUAAAUGUACCAGAAGUUAUUAUUUAAAAAAAGGGGUAACCCUCUUAAAGGUGUUUUAUUAGAAUAUUAUCAUUACAUGUAUUAUUUUAAUAUUACAUAUGAGCAAUUAGAGGUAUAUAAACUGAUAUUAACUGAUUGACUAGAUUAAGUAGAAAAUUAAAAGUCAUUGAAAUAAGGUAUUCUAUCAAAAUUAAGUCAAGCUUACUUUAAAAGAUGGGCCUUACUUUGUAUCUUAACCUCAGGUAAAAAUCUAUCAAAUCCUGUCAUGACAACAGAUUUGCUUAUGUUCAGCUUUUGUUUUUAUUGAGUAUGUAUCUAAAACAGCUCCUAUAGGCGCCUGCAGCCGAGCAGCUGGGGUUUCCUGUUGUUCAUAUUUGAGUGACAUUUAUCCUUUAAUGACAGGCACUCUACCUUAACCACAUUUUCAACACAGUUACAUAAUGUGUAUCCUUAAAGAAAGUAAGGAGACAACAAUCUUUCCACGACUGACGUGCUGCUGCUUGCAGUCAACUCUGAGCCAAAUUUUUCUGGUGGCUGUUUUCUCUGCAUGAUGUUGUAAAGGCUGUGUUUAUCUGAACGGAGGUCUGAAGCUUUGAUAUCCCGCAGGGCCUCCAGCAAUAUACAGCUCACUACACAUGCUUUCAUUGUGUCUUUUGAACAGACUUGUCGAAUGUCUUUUUUUUAUCAUCUGAUAAAGUUAUGUUCUCUUUAACAGCACAUGGAGAUUAUUACCCCUUUGAUGGUCCUGAUGGAACCCUGGCCCACGCCUUCGCCCCAGCCUAUGGCAUUGGAGGAGAUGCUCACUUUGAUGACGAUGAGACCUUCACUUUCCGCUCAAACAGCGGUAGGUUGUAGAGGUACCUGUUCUCUAGAAGGGCAGUUUGAAGCAGUUAAAGCAGACUGGUGUUAUUAUUUUCACAGCCAUAGAAAGAAGAUGUAACCACAGCUUUAUGACAGGGUGUGUGUCUAGCAUGCCACAAAAAUGUAUUGCAUUUGUUAAUACAUUAAUACACUGAUACUGAAAGCCCUGAUCCUGACCUGUGAAAUUUGUAACCAUUGGACUAAAAUGUCAUACUAUAUGCUGUCAAUUUUGAAAUUAAAAUCCACUGUCAUCUCUCUUGUCUGUGACUGCAUCUAUUUCAGGUUACGUCCUCUUCAUGGUGGCCGCCCAUGAGUUUGGUCACUCCCUGGGUUUGUCUCACUCUGAUGAUCCUGGUGCUCUCAUGUACCCUGUGUACACCUACAGAAACCCUGAUACCUUUGUGCUGCCCCGUGAUGACGUCAAUGGAAUCCAGCAUCUCUAUGGUGAGUAUAAAAUUUGUACAAAAAAACUUCAAUUCCCCCAAAGUCAUCCAACUCUUCUGCAAUGAGACCCUCAUCUUAUAAACCCUCUUAGGUUCAAAUCCAGACAAGGACCCUACUCAGCCUGAAACAACGCCCCCCACCACCCCUGACUCCUGUGAUUCAACCAUGGUGUUAGACGCUGUCACCACCCUGAGAGGAGAGAUGCUCUUCUUUAAGGACAGGUACGAGACAUACAGAUUGUUAAAACGGCAAAAACAAUCAUACAUAGUCAAGCUUCUGUGUGCAACAGGUGUUUUCUUGUAUGUUUUCAGCUUCUUCUGGCGCAGCUACCCCCAAAGCUACACACCUCAGCAAAGUCUGAUCACAAACUUUUGGCCCAGUGCUCCCUCUAGCAUCGAUGCUGCUUAUGAAAACCGACGUUCAGACAGGAUCUUCCUCUUUAGAAGUAGGUUUUAACCAUAUCUAUCUAGAAAAUCAAUCUGGUAUACCGUUUAAGAGUUAAUCUAUCAAUCUGUAUAUUUUCUCCUCCUCAGAUCGUAGAGUGUGGGCUUUCAGGGGCUACACUCCUGUUCGUGGCUAUCCUAAAAAACUGUCCACCUUUGGUUUCCCAAGAAGUGUACGAAAAAUUGAUGCAGCCCUCCAUGACGCUGACUCCAGCAAGACUCUGUUCUUCGUGGGCAACAAUUACUACAGGUAUGUUCCAAGAGUUAUAUAAAUUUGAGGUAUUGUGCACCCUUAACUGUUACUCUAUUAACCUGUAUACUGCCUACAUAUCUACAGUUAUGAUGAGACCAAAGAGACCAUGGAUCGCGAUUCUCCCAAACGUGUGGAUCAAACCUUUUACGGCCUUGACAACAAGGUUACUGCUGCUUUCCAGUACAGAGGUGAGAAACAUUUAAAGCUGAUCUAAACUUUAUGAACAACAAGGAUACACUGGUAAAUGAAAUUAUUUGAAGAUGAAGAUGAGUCUCUUUCUCAUAUGUCCAGUAAACAUGAGGCUAAAGUCCAGCAAAGUUAAGAUUUCCUUGACAUAAGGAAAGAAAAUAAAAGGGAAACUAUCAGCAUGCAGCCUUGUUUUAUCUAAUGAAAAUAUAACAGUUAACAUUUAGUUUGUACUCAUCCACGAUCCCAUUGUCCACCAUGUUCACAUUAAUUAAACAGUUUUUGCAAGAUUUCCAGUAUUUAGACAGGACCAUAGAAUGGACACCGUCUGCCACCUCGCUGGGUGACAAGGAGGCCGCCUCGAGAACAGCACCCUCUGGUGACGGGCUGCAGUAUAGGUCAUACAUCCCGCCUCCUCCAGCAAUCCCUAUGGAGCUGUGGACAAACUUUAUAAAUUAAUUACACAGAAUAAAUUUCUUUCUCCCCCUUGGUUUCAAUGUUGACAUGUAGUUACUGUAAGACUGGUUUGUGCUCAAGUCCUCUUUUUUCUGUACAGCUCCAUUUUUAGAAGUUGUUAAGGGGUUCAUGUUUUCUAUGAUUGACAUUUGAUACAGCAUAUGGGUGUAAGAAGAUUGCAUAGUUCACCCAAGGGAUACACUGUUUGAGCAGAGUGUCAUCACAGGGACUCUCAGGGACUCUCCCGCUGAAUGCGUACAAUGCUGCUGCCCAAGUGGUGGUUCCAGAAAGUGGAGAAAAUACAGAGAGCAAUUCGGCUUCAAGUUCGUAUAAUGACAGAAGGCAGAACCAAGUUGUCCAUAGUAUUUACAGUCUAUGAUCCGGACCCAUGAGAUGAGCACUGAUCUCAUUCCACUCACUCAUUCUCAACAGGGUAAUAUCUAAAUAAAGCAUGCAGAAACUAACAUUCACUCUCUGUUUUGCAGGUUUUACGUACAUCUACAGUGGACCUUACAUGUUUGAGUACGAUCUGAGGAGCGGGAGGUUGUACCGUGUGCUGAGAAACAGCUACUUUCUGCGCUGCAAUAACUACUAG